AGCUUUCGCUCUUAUCGGGGUGGCAACGUCUUGGUUAUAUCGCAACUCAGUGGUCGUUGGUCGUCGUCUGGUUUUGUCUCGAAUUUGCAUUGCGCAAAGUGCAAAACUCAGCGGAAAAAUCGAGCAACAUCAUCAUGUCGUUUUGGAGCCACGUACUGGAUGCCCUGCUGGCACUGGUCCACAUCCUUAGUGACCGACUGCUGGAGUUCACCCUGGGAUGGUAUUUGGGUCCGUUCAAGCGGGUUCCGGGUCCGCCCAGCCUGGAGCAGCAGGUGUUGCUCAGCAAGAGCGCCGUGGAGUUGGCGCAGCUUAUAAGGGAACGCAAGACCCGCAGUUACGACAUAGUCAAAGCCUAUUGUGAGCGUAUCGAAAGCGUCAACAGAGAUCUCAACGCCGUGGUCGAUGGACCCUUUCCGGAAGCCUUGGAUCAGGCACGCGAAAUCGACCGGAAGUUGUCCAAAAAGGAGUACAGCGACGAGGACUUCCGGCGCCAGCCAUUCCUUGGAGUGCCCUUCAGCACCAAAGAUAGUACGGCGGUGGCUGGAAAGCUCCAUACGUUGGGUCUUCUAUCCCGGAAAUCGGAACGAUCUGCUACAGAUGCCGAGUGCGUGCGGCUGAUGAAAGAAAGCGGCGCCAUUAUCAUCGCUACCAGUAAUGUCCCCGAGGUGAACAAGUGGAUCGAGACCAGGAAUAUGCUGAUUGGUGGCACCAAUAAUCCCUAUGAUCUCCGAAGGUCUGUGGGCGGCUCUUCCGGCGGAGAAGCUGCUCUCAUUGCCGCCUGUUGCACAGGCUUUGGCCUGGGAACCGACAUCGGCGGCUCCAUUAGAAUUCCCGCCUUCAAUUGCGGAGUCUUUGGGCAUAAACCCACUGCCGGAGCCGUCAAUAUGGCCGGAUGUACAUUCCGGACGGGCAAGGAGAAGGAAACGAUGGUGUGUGCCGGACCCAUGAGCCGUUUUGGCCGGGAUUUACUGCCCAUGAUGCAGGUUCUCGUAGAACCAUCGUUGAAAUCGAAGCUGAAGCUGGAUGAGCAGGUGGAUCUGAAGCGUCUCCGCUACUUCUAUGUGGCCUCCAAUGGCAUGGCGCAGUGCAAUCCUGUCAACAGAGAAACGGAGAGAGUUAUGUACAAGGUCCGCAAGCAUUUCGAGAGUGUCACCGGAAAGGAAGUGCGACAUGCAAACAUACCCAAUACCAAGCUGACCGGCAAGAUGUGGCGCUACUGGAUGACCCAGGAGCCGGCCAACUUUAAUCUGUUGCUGGGAAACGGUGCCGAGCUCAAUCCGUUUGUGGAGCUGUUCAAGAAAAUCCUGGGACAAAGCGACUACAGCAUGGCUGCUAUCUACGGGCUGAUUGACAGUGUUCUGCCUAAGGAAUCGGAGCGAUUGAUGCGGGAGGCCACCACCAAAUGCAAAAGGGUACUGGAGGAGCUGCUUGGUGACGAUGGCGUCCUGUUUUACCAUAGCUCACCGAGGACAGCACCCUUCCACUUCUACCCGCUGGUCAAGUUCAACGAUUUCGCGUACUUCAGCCUCUUCAAUGUGCUCCGUUUGCCGGCCACUCAGGUGCCCAUGGGUCUGGACUCGAAGGGAGUGCCUCUCGGCAUUCAGGUGGUGGCCAAUGCGAAUAACGAUCGGUUGUGCCUGGCUGUGGCCGAGGAACUGGAGCGAACUUUUGGCGGCUGGGUGCCUCCAUUUCCACUGAAACACUAGAGACUAAUGACAAAUGAUCAAAUUAUUGUUAAACUUUUGUAAUUUAGGUGUUGGUAACCUCUGGAGACUGUCGCUUGUGGCCUUGUUACAGGGAACUAAUAAAAUGUUGUACUCUUUUAUACUAAA